UUUAACAUACCAAGUUACAUAUAUAUAUCUCUCUCUUUCUUCUUUGUUCUUGUUCGGAUCUUGCUUGAGGUGAGAAAUGGUUAACGCGACGGUUGCUAGAAACAUUGCAGGCAUUUGUGGAAAUGUCAUCUCCUUGUUCUUGUUCUUAUCUCCCAUACCUACGUUCAUAACGAUAUACAAGAAGAAGAAGGUGGAGGAGUACAAAGCUGACCCGUACUUAGCCACGGUGCUAAAUUGUGCACUAUGGGUCUUUUAUGGCUUACCAGUGGUUCAUCCAGAUAGUCUUCUUGUGAUAACCAUUAAUGCUACUGGUUUGGCCAUUGAGCUUUUCUACCUCGCUAUGUUCUUUUACUUUUCUCCAACCACUCGCAAGGUUAAAGUUGGGCUAUGGUUAAUAGGAGAGAUGGUGUUUGUAGGAAUAGUAGCCACAUGCACAUUGCUAUUGUUCCACACACAUAACCAGAGAUCUUCUUUUGUUGGAAUCCUUUGUGUCAUUUUUGUUAGCCUCAUGUAUAUUGCUCCUCUCACCAUCAUGAGUAAGGUGAUCAAGACAAAAAGUGUGAAGUACAUGCCAUUUUCUCUAUCACUUGCCAACUUUCUAAACGGUGUCGUUUGGGUUAUCUAUGCACUUAUUAAACUCGACCUUUUCAUUUUGAUUGGGAAUGGACUUGGAACAGUAUCAGGAUUAGUACAACUUAUACUCUAUGCUUGUUAUUACAAGACAACACCAAAAGAUGAUGAAGAAGAUGAAGAUGAGGAGAAUCUUUCUAAGGCUAAUAACUCUCAGUUACAACUUAGUGGCAACCAUGGACAAGCCAAACGAGUUUCUGCUUGAUUAUAUGUUUUCGAUUAAUGAGGAUGUGAAAUUUAGUUUUAUCUCUUUUUUAUUAAUGUCUAUUUUCAAGUUUUUU